AUGGACAAAGAUAUUCAUCUAUUGGUUAUUGCGCUCCCCGCAUACGGCCACUUGAUCCCCACUCUGGAGCUGGCCCGAAGCCUGAGCACCUUCCACACCGUUACCUUCGCGGCGUCCGCCCAGCGCACCACCCAGCUCUCCACCAAACACCACUUCCAUCCGACACCCUCCGAGGAUAUCACCGUCCGGGGGAUCGAUGACGGGAUCCCUGAGGAUGUCCCAGAUCCCCAGGAAUUCGCAAACCGGAUCAUGCAUAGUUUCUUUCCGGCGGUGGAACGCCUGCUCCGCAGCGUCCCCACGGGAACGGAGCCCGGGGCGGUGGACGCCGUCAUCACCGACAACUUUUGCGGGAAACCCAUGGAGGUGUGCACCGAGAGGGGGAUUCCUUAUUAUCUUUUCCACACACUGGCCACCCGCGGGCUGCGAUUUUUUAUGCGGAUGGAUGACAAGACGAAAAUUGUCCCGGUGACGGAUUGUCGGUUGUUCGACAUCCUCCCACCGCCCGGGAAGAGUGUCCCGGAGGUGUCGGCCAUGUAUGCCGAAAUCAUGCUGAACAUCCGGCCGGCGACGAUGGGUUCCCACGGGGUCCUGACGAAUUCCUUCCGGGUGAUGGACCAACCGGACCUGGAUGCCCUACGCUCGGAGUCGGAUUUCGGAGACCUCCCGAUGUUCUACGUCGGACCGAUCUUCCCGCGGGAGCCGAAGACCUCCCCUGACGAUCGGGUGCUGAAGUUUCUGGAAAAGCAACCUCCCAAGUCCACGGUGUACGUCUCUUUUGGGACCGGAAGUGGCCCAUCGGAAGAGCAGACCGUGGAGUUGGCCAACGCUCUAUUGGUGACCGGUCGGCCGUUCGUCUGGGCUCUUCGGGAACAGAUGCACAGGGUCCUUCCGGAGGCUAUCCAGAAGAAAAUGCAGGACGACAACGCCGGGUUCGUCAUCACCAACUGGGCGCCGCAAAAAGCGGUGUUGGCCAGCGACCGCCUGCGGGUGUUCGUCUGCCACUGCGGCUGGGGCGGCCUGAUGGAGGGCCUCUACGCAGGGGUGGCCAUGGUGGCCUGGCCGAUGUUCGGGGAUCAGUGGCUGAAUGCGGAGUGGCUUGCGGAGCACGGGGUGGCCUUCCGGAUCCCGGACACGAAGGCCCGGGGUGGGAGGCUGGUCCCGGCCUCGGAGAUCGCCGAGGCGAUCCGGACGGUGGCGGGGGUGGACGGCAAGGUGUCGGCGUACCAGCGGGCGGCCGAACGCUGGCAGGCGGAGGUCCAAGCCGCGCUAGGUCCACAAGGGACCUCCAGUAAAGAGUUGGAGGGGUUCGCCAUGUUGACAUUGAAUAUGGAACCACCAGACCCGAUUUCCGAUUGA